AUGGCCUUCCGCGCCCUCCUCCAAGGCGCCCAGGACCUCCACGCCCAAUUCCACGACAUCCUCGAGAAGACCGAUUUCUCGCUCCCCACAUUCCUCGCCUUCGGCGCCGCGCUGCAGCUCCUCAUCCAAGCAUACCUGCCCCUCCGUCUAAGCGCCACGCUGCCUCUCCUCUGGCUAGCAUACUGCCUCGUCAAAUCCGCCUAUGACAGCCGCGAUGUCUUCCGCUCGUCGUUUACCGACGUGAAGCGGGGCCGGUUUACGACGCGCUUGCCUGAGGCGGCUGAUGGCGUUGUGGUGUUUGUGCUGGGUGCGCGGCUGAAUCAUCCGUUCGGGAAGCUGGCGCCGGGUACGACGCCGCUGGACGUCGUGUUCAAGGACAUGUGGCGCGAGGCGGAGAAGAACCGCGAGAGAUGGGGAUCUCGGGAGGACGGGCACGUUGGGCGAUACGUCGGACGGCGAGGGAACGACUACGGUGUGGAUCACGUACUGGAGAGUAAGCAAAUCCCCUCUAUAGUCCUACACCUCAAACACCCCACUAACCCCUCCACCACCCAGGACCUAAAAGGCCUCCACGCCUUCGCCGCAGCAGCAGCCCACCGCGUCGGCCAGGACGGCUACAAUGCGGGCAAGUAUCCCUACGUGGGCGUGAUGCACGAGCUGUACCACGCCCCAAAAGGCUGUUACGAAACCAUCUACGGCAACUUUCGGGAAUGGGGCUUGGGUGCCGCCAAGACAGUGGUGGAGAAAGGGGAAGACAGUGAUUUCAAGCUUGCUGACACACUUGUUCCGAACCAAAAAGGGUCGGACAUGUUCGCACGAAUGGGAAAGCGGCAACGUCAGGCACAGUGAUAGAAUAUCUCUGCUUUAGCCCUGAUAGGUGAUACAGCUUUCGAGGUUGCGUCUAUCUCUAUAGCUAAUUAGAAAAUAGAGCUUAUACCUCUAAUAGGCCUGGAGAAGUUAGCUAAAUAGGGGCCCUAGCUUUCCCCCUAAUACUGGUUGGAGCCUUACCGUAGUGGUGCCUGUCCAAAGGGUAACGGAGAUAUCUACCAGCAAUUCUCUAAAUCUCGGAUAUCCAUUGCGAUGUCGACA